GGGUCUAAUGGCUGCGCGCGGGCCGCUGUGAGGCGCGGCGGCGAGCGGGCGCGGGGCCGCGGAGCAGCGAAGAGCGAGCGAGCGCGAGGCCGGAGCCCCGGCCAGGCCCGGCCCGACCCGCCGAGCCCGCGAUGCUCCCCGGGGCCGCCCCCCGGCGCAGCUGACGCCCCGCGGCCCCGCGAGACCCGGCCCGGCCGGGCCCGCAGGAAGCGGCCGCCGCCGCCCAGCCCAGCGCCCGCGCCGCCCGGGCACGAUGGCGGGGAAGGUGGCCGCCCCGGGCACCGCUGUGCUGCUGGUCACGGCCAACGUGGGCUCGCUCUUCGACGACCCAGAAAACCUUCAGAAGAACUGGCUCCGGGAGUUCUAUCAGGUCCUGCAUGCACACAAGCCACACUUUGUGGCCUUGCACUGCCAGGAGUUCGGAGGGAAGAACUAUGAAGCCUCCAUGUCCCAUGUGGACAAGUUUGUCAAGGAGCUGCUGUCAAGUGAUGCAAUGAAAGAGUACAGCAGGGCUCGCGUCUACCUGGAUGAGAACUACAAAUCACAGGAGCACUUCACGGCACUGGGAAGCUUUUAUUUUCUUCACGAAUCCUUAAAAAACAUCUACCAGUUUGACUUUAAAGCUAAGAAGUAUAAAAAAGUCACUGGCAAGGAGAUCUACUCGGACACUUUGGAGAGCACACCGAUGCUGGAAAAGGAGAAGUUCCCGCAGGACUACUUCCCCGAGUGCAAGUGGUCAAGAAAAGGCUUCAUCCGGACAAGGUGGUGCAUUGCUGACUGUGCCUUCGACUUGGUGAACAUCCAUCUUUUCCAUGAUGCAUCCAACUUAGUGGCUUGGGAGACAAGCCCUUCUGUGUACUCGGGCGUCCGGCACAAGGCCCUGGGCUACGUGCUCGACAGAAUCAUCGACCAGCGAUUCGAGAAAGUUUCCUACUUUGUCUUUGGUGAUUUCAACUUCCGCCUGGAUUCCAAGUCCGUCAUAGAGACACUCUGCACAAAGGCCACGAUGCAGACAAUCCGGGCUGCUGACACCAAUGAAGUUGUGAAGUUGAUAUUUCGGGAGUCAGACAAUGACCGGAAGGUGGUACUCCAGUUGGAAAAGAAGCUCUUUGACUACUUCAAUCAGGAUGUCUUCCGGGACAACAACGGCACUGCGCUCUUAGAAUUUGACAAGGAGUUAUCUGUCUUUAAAGACAGACUAUAUGAACUGGACAUCUCUUUCCCUCCCAGCUACCCGUACAGCGAGGACUCCCGUCAGGGCCAGCAGUACAUGAACACCCGGUGCCCCGCAUGGUGCGACCGCAUCCUCAUGUCCCCGUCUGCCAAGGAGCUGGUACUCAAAUCAGAGAGUGAGGAGAAGGUCGCCACCUAUGGUCACAUUGGACCCAAUGUCUGCAUGGGAGACCACAAGCCCGUGUUCCUGGCCUUCCGCAUCGCGCCCGGGGCAGGUAAACCUCACGCACAUGUGCACAAGUGUUGUGUCGUGCAGUGACGUGGUGGAAAGAGGUGCCAACGCAACGAAAGGGUCCUCGAGAGACCUCCCUGUAGCAGUGUAUGAAACAUACUCCCAGCAGCUGUGUCGGAACCCGCCCCAGCAUCACCUGCUAGAUGGCCGGCCCCACACUUCGCUUCAGCCUCCGGACCCUCCGGACAGCCUCACAUACCUCACUCUGUCUGUUCAUGUGACAUUCAGUAGAUAUAUUGGGUUUCGAAAUAAGUCACAGUUCUGUUGCCAAAACUCUAAUAGACAGCAAAAAGAUUCCGUAUUUUAGACUUCACAGUUUUCCAUUUCCAUGUCAGUGGAGGAGCUUCUCCAGUACACAACCCCAGGUGUCCAGCGUCCUUUCUGCCAGGAGGGAGCCAGCACCACCCAGGCAGCAAGGUCAGGUCGCCUGACCUGUGUGGUCUGACUCUACUGCCAGGUUACAUGGCGCCCAAAUCACGCUGCAGCUGCUUCCCAUUUUUAUAUAUAUAAAUACAUAUAAAUAUAUACUUUUUAAAAAUAAUUUAUAAAUCUUACCAAAACUUAUGCUGAGUAUACUUUCCAGUAUGCGUGCACGAGUGUCCUAUCGGCAGGUAGAAGCGCAGGCUAGGAGUGGAGUGAUGUGUCUGUGGAAACGAGUUCCCAAGACACAGGACCUAGCGUGCUGGCAGGAAUGGCCCUGUGGCACAUCUGCACUAGCAGCUUGUCACUCCUCUGCCUUUUUCUGUGUAAUAUUAAGAACUGAAUGUGAAGUUUAUAGCUAGACUGGGUGUACCUUUUAAGAAUUUUGUAAACCGUUUUGUCUGUCUUUUGUUACCGUUUUAUGGUGCCAAGUAUCGUACAUUAAAACCAUAAUCUCGUGGGAGAAUUAGAAAUAGCCUCGUCUGCUUCCCACAGGUUGCUUCUAGCAUGGGCUGUAUGUAAACGUGGAAGAGGAGGGCACGGCUGUCUGCCAGCCCUGCGUGCAGCCCAUGUCUAUACUCUGCUCCCUGCACGAGCACCAAGUGCUGAGGACGGCAACUGCAGAGCCUGUUGACAAAACACAGCGUGCGUUUAUUGAUUUACUUCUGAACACUACAGCUCCUGGACUGGGCCAAAGCAUGAGUUCAUGUUGGUUUCCACAGAAGUCACUACCAUUGCAAGUGAUCUGGUGUCCCCAGGCCGGCCUGUGUCCUUGACACUGUGGUCGCUGCUCCUCAGGGUGUCUUGUGCGGUCACAACGCAUGAUUGUCUGUGGGAUUCAGCUGUAUGUCCUUCCUCUGAAGGCUUUGGAAGGGACUGCCCGGUUCCUAAGCAAUAAAAUUGAUCCUGGUGAAAACA